UGACUAGCAGCGUCUUUGGCUGUCACAACACACCGUAUGCUGUGUUCAAAGUGCUGCUACAACACACUUUUGCGGCUCGACUAGGGCGUUAUGUUACGGAUAGCCAAAACCAGCUAGGCCUACACCUCCGGAAUGGCGGCAGAAAUACAACCCAAACCGCAGACUCGGACUCCUGUUCUGCUCAACAAAAUCGAAGCUUCCCAAGAUGUUGUGAACACAGCGGUCAUAAUUCCAAAGGAGGACGGGGUGAUCAGUGUCUCAGAGGACAGGACGAUCCGGAUAUGGCUGAAGAGAGACAGUGGUCAGUACUGGCCCAGCAUUUACCACACAAUGCCAGAUUCUUGCUCCUGUAUGUCCUUUAACCCAGAGACCAGGAGGCUGUCUAUGGGGAUGGAGAAUGGAACCAUCUCUGAGUUCAUCCUGUCAGAAGACUACAACAAGAUGACUCCGGCACAGACCUAUCAGGCCCACCAGGGCAGAGUGACAGUGGUGCUGUUUGUUUUGGAGAUGGAGUGGGUCCUCAGUACAGGACAGGACAAGAACUUCACCUGGCACUGCUCUGAGAGUGGAACACAGCUGGGGUUAUACCGCACCACCGCCUGGGUCUCUGGACUGCAGUUCGACGUGGAGACGAGGCACGCCUUUGUGGGCGACUACUCUGGUCAGGUGACCAUCCUCAAGCUGGAGCUGGACAGCUGUAGUCUGGUCACCACCUUCAAAGGACACACCGGCAAUGUGACAGCUCUGUGUUGGGACCCGGUCCAGAGAGUGUUGUUCUCCGGCAGCGCCGAUCACUCCAUCAUCAUGUGGGACAUCGGGGGAGGCAAAGGCACCGCUAUUGAACUUCAGGGACACAAUGAGAAGGUCCAGGGCCUAUGCUACGCGCCACAUACACGUCAGCUGAUCUCCUGCAGCUCAGAUGGGGGCAUCGUCAUCUGGAACAUGGACGUGACCAGACAAGAGACCCCAGAGUGGCUGGACAGUGAUUCGUGUCAGAAGUGUGAGCAGCCAUUCUUCUGGAACUUCAAACAGAUGUGGGACAGUAAGAAAAUCGGCCUGCGACAGCACCACUGCAGGAAGUGUGGGCAGGCAGUGUGUGGGAAGUGCUCGGCCAAGCGCUCCACCAUCCCUCUCAUGGGCUUCGAGUUUGAGGUGCGGGUGUGUGACAGCUGCCACGAGUCCAUCACGGACGAGGACCGGGCGCCCACGGCGACAUUCCAUGACAGCAAACACAGCAUAGUUUACAUGCACUACGAGCCUACCAUGGGCUGGCUACUGACCUCUGGGGCAGACAAGGUCGUCAAGCUCUGGGACAUGACUCCAGUGGUGUCCUGAAGGUCAUUGUUGAUGGAGCAUCAUGGAGCUCCAUCCACCUAUCAGGACCUGGCAUGAUGACUCCUUGCUGUCCACCUGGCCGUGCUGCUGCUCCAGUUUCAACUGUUCUGCCUGUGAUUAUUUUUAUUUGACCAUGCUGGUCAUUUAUGAACAUUUGAACAUCUUGGCCAUGUUCUGUUAUAAUCUCCACCCAGCACAGCCAGAAGAGGACGGCCACCCCUCAUAGCCUGGUUCCUCUCUAGGUUUCUUCCUAGGUUUUGGCCUUUCUAGGGAGUUUUUCCUAGCCACCGUGCUUUUACACCUGCAUUGCUUGCUGUUUGGGGUUUUAGGCUGGGUUUCUGUACAGCACUUUGAGAUAUCAUCUUAUAUACGAAGGGCUAUAUAAAUACAUUUGAUUUGAUUGUU